AUGGCGGCGACUGCAGCCACCCCCGGCACGGCCGCCUGCAGUAGCAGUAGCGGCAGCACUGGCACCGACGCCGCGGACAGCAGCGGCAGUGGAUUGCAGCAGCUGCCGCCGGCGCCGCAGCCCCAGCCCGCGGUCACCGCGCCGGCCCAGCUGCCACCACUCGAGCCCCCCAGGAAGUCGCGCAUGGACCCUCGGCGGCGCCAGGCUGCCCUCUCCUUCCUCACCAACAUUUCUCUAGACGGCAGGCCGCCGCUGCAGGACGAGGAGUGGGGCAGCGGCGAGGAGAGCAGCGCGGUGAAGGCGGGUGGCGGCAGCGCCUGCGGCGCGAGGACCCGCCUCGGCAUGCUAGUCGCUGCCGAUCGCGGUGGCUGCACUGCGCUUGCGGCGGCGCUGACAGCAGGAUCCGGCCCCUGUGUCCCGCAGCACUCGCCUUUGCCGCCCUUGCCCUCGUGGGGCCACCCGACCGUGCCCGGCCCCGCAGCUGCCCGGGGGUUCGCCAGCCCUCUGGGCGCGGGUCGGGCGUCAGGUGAGCAGCCUCAGCUGCACGACGGGCAGGGGGGCGCCGAGCUGGAGGAGUUAGAAGAGGAUGAUGCCUUUACGAGCGUGCAGGUGCCUGCGGCCGCCUUCUUAGUUUCCGGGACCCCCGGGACCGGGAGUGGCAGUCGGGGGCGCCUCAACUCGUUCACUCAGGGAAUCCUGCCCAUCGCCUUCUCCAGACCGACCUCGCAGAACUACUGCGCGCUAGAGCAGCCGGGUCAGGGGGCCAGCACCAGCGCCUUCGAGCAGUUGCAGAGGUCCCGACGUCGCCUCAUCUCCCAGAGAUCUUCCUUGGAGACACUGGAAGAUAUUGAAGAGAAUGCCCCUCUCAGGAGAUGCCGAACGCUCUCAGGUUCGCCCAGACCAAAGAACUUUAAGAAGAUUCAUUUUAUCAAGAACAUGAGGCAACAUGAUACCAGGAAUGGCAGAAUAGUCCUUAUCAGUGGCAGAAGAUCCUUCUGUAGUAUCUUUUCAGUGCUGCCGUAUCGUGACAGUACCCAAGCCGGGGAUUUGAAGUUGGAAGGAGGGAGACAGUCAGCAGGCGCCGUGAGCUUGAAAGAGAUCAUUGGUCUGGAGGGCGUGGAGCUGGGUGCUGACGGGAAGACUGUUUCUUAUACCCAAUUUCUGUUACCCACAAACGCCUUCGGGAGCCGGAGAAGCACCUUAGACUCCACCUCCUCCUUCUCUCAGUUCCGGAACCUGAGCCACCGCAGCCUCUCCAUUGGACGGGCGAGCAGCACCCAGGGGAGUCUCGACACAGGUAGUGACUUAGGAGAUUUCCUGGACUAUGAUCCCAAUCUUCUGGACGAUCCACAGUGGCCUUGUGGCAAGCACAAGCGAGUUCUGAUCUUCCCCUCGUAUAUGACCACAGUCAUUGACUAUGUGAAGCCCUCUGAUCUCAAGAAGGACAUGAAUGAGACCUUCAAGGAGAAGUUUCCACACAUUAAGUUGACACUCAGCAAAAUAAGGAGUCUGAAGCGAGAGAUGCGGAAGCUUGCUCAGGAGGACUGUGGCUUUGAGGAGCCCACUGUGGCCAUGGCCUUUGUCUACUUUGAGAAGCUAGCCCUCAAGGGAAAGCUAAACAAACAGAACCGGAAGCUUUGUGCUGGAGCUUGUGUGCUAUUAGCGGCCAAAAUUGGAAGUGACCUCAAAAAGCACGAAGUCAAGCAUCUAAUUGAUAAACUGGAAGAGAAGUUCCGGCUGCAUAGACGCGAGCUGAUUGCCUUUGAAUUCCCCGUUUUAGUGGCCUUGGAGUUUGCUCUCCACUUGCCAGAGCAGGAAGUUAUGCCUCACUACCGGCGCCUGGUGCAGGGCUCCUAG